GAAAAAGAUCUCUCUCAUUGGCCUCCCACCUUCUCCGUGGGCUGACUUUUUAGUUCAUAGCCUCUGGAGUAAAAGUUAUUUCCUGCCUCAGUCCUCUUUGACAGAGGUGUCAUCCCAGGCAGAAAUACUCAGAGAAAACAGACCUUUGAGAGAGAAAAGAUGCCCAGAUAUACAGUCCACGUCCGGGGGGAGUGGCUGGCCGUGCCGUGUCAGGAUGGCGGCCUCACAGUCAUGUGGCUGGGCCGGGAAGCCGUGAGGAGGUACAUGAAAAACAAGCCUGACAAUGGGGGGUUUGCCUCACUGGAUGAUGUGAAGUUCUACAUGCGGAGGUGUAAGGGGUUAGGUCUACUGGACAACGAUGAUCUGCUAGAAGUUGCCUUGGAGGACAACGAAUUUGUGGAAGUUGUGAUAGAAGGCGAUGUGAUGUCUCCAGACUUCAUUCCAUCUCAGCCGGAAGGAGUUUACCUAUACAGCAAAUACCGCGAACCUGAGAAGUACAUCGGCUUAGAUGGAGAUAGUCUGACAACUGAGGAUUUGCUCUGUUUAGGAAAAGGACUCUACAAAAUCAAGCUUACUCCAGAAGCUGAGAAGCGAGUGCAAGCCUCCAGAGAGGUCAUUGAGAGCAUCAUAAGAGAGAAAACUGUUGUUUAUGGAAUCACUACUGGAUUUGGAAAAUUUGCCAGGACCCUCAUCCCCAUCAAUAAGCUAAGAGAACUCCAGGUUAAUUUAGUGCGUUCCCAUUCCUCAGGUGUUGGGAAACCACUGAUCCCAGAAAGGUGCCGGAUGCUCAUGGCUUUGAGAAUCAAUGUCUUAGCCAAAGGAUACAGUGGAAUUUCCCUGGAAACUCUCAAACAAGUUAUCGAAAUGUUUAACGCAUCCUGCCUGCCCUACGUUCCUGAGAAAGGAACUGUUGGAGCCAGUGGAGAUCUGGCCCCACUUUCUCACCUUGCACUGGGCCUUAUAGGAGAAGGGAAGAUGUGGUCCCCAAAGAGUGGCUGGGCUGAUGCCAAAUAUGUCCUGGAAGCCCAUGGAUUGAAACCAGUCACAUUGAAGCCAAAAGAGGGUCUGGCUCUCAUCAACGGGACCCAAAUGAUCACAUCCCUGGGCUGCGAAGCAGUUGAAAGAGCAAGCGCCAUCGCAAGACAAGCUGACAUUGUGGCCGCUUUGACCUUGGAAGUGCUGAAGGGCACCACCAAAGCCUUUGAUACAGACAUCCACGCUCUUCGUCCUCAUCGUGGGCAGAUUGAAGUGGCCUUCCGGUUUCGGUCCCUCUUGGAUUCUGACCACCACCCAUCAGAAAUAGCAGAAAGCCACAGAUUUUGUGAUCGAGUGCAGGAUGCCUACACGUUGCGCUGCUGUCCGCAGGUCCAUGGUAUAGCAAAUGACACAAUAGCCUUUGUGAAGGACAUCAUCCGGACAGAAAUUAACAGUGCAACGGACAACCCUAUGGUGUUUGCCAAUAGAGGAGAGACCAUUUCUGGGGGGAAUUUCCAUGGAGAAUACCCAGCAAAGGCUCUGGACUACUUGGCCAUAGGUGUCCAUGAACUUGCAGCCAUCAGCGAGCGGAGGAUCGAAAGGCUGUGUAACCCGUCACUCAGUGAGCUGCCUGCAUUCCUGGUGGCCGAAGGAGGCCUGAACUCUGGGUUCAUGAUUGCCCACUGCACAGCGGCGGCUCUGGUUUCAGAGAGUAAAGCCCUGUGUCAUCCCUCCUCUGUGGAUUCUCUCUCAACCAGUGCCGCUACAGAAGAUCAUGUGUCCAUGGGAGGGUGGGCUGCGAGAAAAGCCCUCAGAGUUAUUGAACAUGUGGAACAAGUGUUGGCCAUUGAGCUCCUUGCUGCCUGUCAGGGCAUUGAGUUUCUACGCCCCCUCAAAACAACCACUCCAUUGGAGAAGGUCUACGACCUUGUGCGCUCUGUUGUAAGGCCUUGGAUAAAAGAUCGUUUCAUGGCCCCAGACAUUGAAGCAACUCAUCGGCUGCUUGUGGAUCAAAAGGUUUGGGAAGUUGCUGCACCUUAUAUUGAAAAGUACAGAAUGGAGCAGGAGCAAGAACUCUUCCAAGAAUCCAGGCCCGUGUCUCCCACUGCAUUUUCACUGGACUCACUGCGCAAGAAAACAGAUGCUAUAGAUGAACACCCUGAAACUGAAGAUCUGUAAUGGGUCACUCAUUCUCACCAUAGAUCAAACGGAUUACAGACCAACACUAUUCUCUCUCAAUACUAUCUGAUUUAUUUGCUGUCAGACUAGCUAUGUGGUUCAGAGACACAUGGUAGUCACAGAAAUUUCUAAUUAGAUUGAUCACUGUAGAUAGAUACUGUCCUUCAAGGAUAUGUGGUUUGUUACUUAUAGAUAAAAGAUGUAAAUCUCAGGAUCAUAGAUUUAAACCUGGAAGUUCCCUUUAGUCUAACCCCCUCAUUUUACAGAUGAGGAAACUGAGGCAUAGAGAAGUUAAGAGACUUACCCAGGGUCACACAGCUGGUGUCUGAGGCAUAAUUUGAAUUCAGGUCUUCUUAACUCCAAGCCCAUCAUUUUAGUCACCUAGCUACCUAAAAAUCACAACCCAUCUACAAGUUGACAUGUGGUUUUGAAGACCAGGCCAAAAACUAAGCUCAGAAAAAAAAAAUCAGUCUUGAAAAAGAGUUGAGAUGGGUAAAGGAUUUGGAAAUAUGGUUGGUCUGUCUACAUUGCUCACCCUACUAGGAUAUUUGGUCAGUUUUUUCUUAACUUCAUGUCUCAUAGAUUUGAUGUAAAUUUCACAAAUACAUUCUGUUCUUAUGAAAAAUAUUCAGUAAUUAAUUCUUGACACUGGGGAAAAGUUUACUACCAAAAACUUAAGGAAUAACUAAGGUUAGAGAGCUCUUCUGUUCUUAGCAAAUAUACAGUGAGUUCAAGUCUGAAAUAACUAAGCUUUAUCAACCACUUAACAUUUAAUAAGCACCAACUAUAUUCCAGUGUUAGGCAUGAGAAAUACAAAACCAGUCCCUGUCUUCAAGAAGCUUACAUUCUACUGAAGGGAUGCAAUAUAUGUACUAAUAAAUAAAUACAAGAAACAUACAAAAUAAAUAACACUAUCUUUCCCCCAAAA